AUGGUGCCGGUGAGGAGGAGGCCGGCGGUGGCCGCGCUGCUCCUGGCUGUGCUCGCGUGCGCGGAGGUCGCCGCCGGCGGUGGCGCGACGAUCUGCGACACGGCCAAGUGCGGCAAGGGCUCGUGCAGCGAGAUGCCGGGGCCGAUCCCGUUCGUGACCACCUCGUACAACUGCACCUGCGACCCCGGGUGGUCGCAGCCGAGGCUCCUCAACCUCACCCCGCUCCCCUUCGCGCCCUGCAUCAUCCCCGACUGUGGCUUCGACCCGGCCUGCUACAACAUCAGCCUGGUGCCCAGGGGCAUACCCCUCACGGACCCGUGCGUGGCCAUCAACUGCGGCCCGGGAGAGUGCAAGAGGGGAGAAGGACUGAGCUACAGCUGCGAGUGCCAGCCGGGCUACGUCAACUUCCUCAACCUCACCGCCUUCCCCUGCGUCAAGAACUGUGUCUUCGGCAUGGACUGCUCCAAGCUGGGCAUCGCGCCGCCGCCGUCGCCGUCGCCGUCGCCGUCGACAGCGCCACCGCCACCACCUGGAUCUGUUUCCUCGCGGCGUCUGCUGCAGCUGCUGUCGCUGCUCUCUCUCGCCAUGGUUCAGCUCGUGUAG